GCGUCGCGGCCUCGCGAGCGGCCGUCCUCGUCCUUGUCUCCACCUCGGGGCUGGGGAAAUGGGCCCUCACGGCCGCGGGCCCUGCAUCCCGCGCCGCCCGUAGGCCCCGGCGGGCCGCCGGCCAGUCACCGCCCCUCUUCCCCAGUCGAGCCGUCCCCACCCCAGGUCCCCGGGAAGGAAGAUGAGGGAAACGGGCCCGGCGAUCGGCAGCCAGAGCAGCAGCAGCAGCGGUCGGGGGAGGGUGUUUCGCCGUUUCCUCUCAGCCGCCAGGACAAGAUGGCAGCGGCCGCCGAGAGGGGCUGAGCCCCGGCUGGGUGGCGCCGCCUGCUGAAGCGCUUGGCUCCGGGUCCCCGCACGGCCCCCGCGACCCAUCCCGGACAUGCUCAGGGCUGCGGCCGCCCGAAGCGGGGAGAGCGCGGGCCUCUAGGAAGGUAUGGCCUCACAAGUCUUGGUCUACCCACCAUACGUUUAUCAAACUCAGUCAAGUGCCUUUUGUAGUGUGAAGAAACUCAAAGUAGAGCCAAGCAGUUGUGUUUUCCAGGAAAGACACCGUCCACAGACCUAUGUGAACGGUAGAGACUUUGGAAACUCUCACUCUUCCACGAAGGGUGGUGCUUUCCAGACAAAGACACCGUUCACUAGACCCCGAGGACACAGCUUUUCAUUGCAGGCAGGUGCCGUUGUUGUCAGAGACACUGCUGGUGCUGCAAAGGUCAUAGCAGCUCCAGCGCAGCAAGCUGCAGUGGAGGCGCCUCGCACCGUGCUGUGGCGAAACCGGUUACAUUUCCUAGAAGGUCCCCAGCGAUGUGGAUUGAAGCGCAAGAGUGAGGAGUUGGAUAAUCACAGCGGCGCGAUGCAGAUUGUCGAUGAACUGUCCCUACUUCCUGCAAUGUUGCAAACCAACAUGGGAAAUCCAGUGACAGUUGUGACAACGACCACAGCAUCAAAACAGAACUGUACCAGCGGAGAAGGUGAUUAUCAGUUAGUGCAGCAUGAAGUCUUAUGCUCCAUGAAAAACACAUAUGAAGUCCUUGAUUUUCUUGGUCGUGGCACUUUUGGCCAAGUUGUUAAAUGCUGGAAGAGAGGGACAAAUGAAAUUGUAGCAAUCAAAAUCUUGAAGAACCACCCUUCUUACGCACGCCAAGGGCAGAUAGAAGUGAGCAUCUUAGCAAGGCUCAGUACUGAGAACGCUGACGAGUACAACUUUGUGCGGGCCUAUGAGUGCUUCCAGCACCGCAACCAUACCUGCCUGGUCUUUGAGAUGCUGGAGCAGAACCUGUAUGACUUUCUGAAGCAGAAUAAAUUCAGUCCCCUGCCCCUGAAGGUGAUCCGGCCCAUUCUUCAGCAAGUGGCCACUGCACUGAAGAAGUUAAAAAGUCUUGGUUUAAUUCAUGCUGACCUCAAACCAGAGAAUAUUAUGUUGGUGGAUCCUGUUCGACAGCCAUACAGGGUUAAAGUGAUAGACUUUGGGUCGGCCAGUCAUGUAUCAAAGACUGUUUGUUCAACGUAUCUACAAUCUCGGUACUACAGAGCUCCAGAGAUUAUAUUGGGGUUGCCAUUUUGUGAAGCCAUAGACAUGUGGUCAUUGGGAUGUGUGAUUGCAGAGUUAUUCCUUGGAUGGCCACUCUACCCAGGAGCCUUGGAGUAUGAUCAGAUUCGAUACAUUUCUCAGACUCAAGGUUUACCAGGAGAACAAUUGUUAAAUGUGGGUACAAAAUCCACAAGAUUUUUUUGCAGAGAAACAGAUAUGUCUCAUUCUGGUUGGAGAUUAAAGACACUGGAAGAGCAUGAGGUAGAGACAGGAAUGAAGUCUAAAGAAGCCAGAAAGUACAUAUUCAACAGUCUGGACGAUAUAGCGCAUGUGAACACAGUGAUGGAUUUGGAAGGAAGUGAUCUUUUGGCUGAGAAAGCUGAUAGAAGAGAAUUUGUUAGUCUGUUGAAGAAAAUGUUGCUGAUUGAUGCAGAUUUAAGAAUUACUCCAAUUGAGACGCUGAACCACCCGUUCGUUAACAUGAAGCAUCUUCUAGAUUUCCCUCACAGCAACCAUGUAAAGUCCUGUUUUCAUAUUAUGGAUAUUUGUAAGUCCCACCCAAGUUCAUGUGAAACAAAUAACCACAGUAAAAUGUCACUCUUACGGCCGGUCGCGUCAAACAACACUGCUGCUCUCACGGCAAACCUGACCAAAAUCGGGACACUGAGAAACCAGGCAUUAACCACAUCUGCUCACUCAGUUGUGCACCAUGGGAUACCUCUGCAGGCGGGGACUGCACAGUUUGCUUGUGGUGAUGCUUUUCAUCAGACCCUGAUUAUCUGUCCCCCAGCUAUUCAAGGUAUCCCUGCAGCGCAUGGUAAACCCACCAGUUACUCCAUACGGGUAGACAAUACAGUCCCACUUGUGACUCAGGCCCCAGCUGUGCAGCCGCUGCAGAUCCGACCUGGAGUCCUGUCACAGCAGACCUGGUCUGGGAGAACACAGCAGAUGCUGAUACCUGCCUGGCAGCAGGUAACACCCAUGGCUCCUGCUGCUGCAACACUCACUUCAGAAGGAUUGGCUGGGUCACAGAGGCUUGGAGACUGGGGGAAAAUGAUUCCACACAGCAGUCAUUACAACUCGGUGAUGCCACAACCUCUUCUAACCAAUCAGAUAACAUUAUCGGCCCCUCAGCCUAUCAGCGUGGGCAUUGCACAUGUUGUCUGGCCUCAGCCUGCCACUACCAAGAAAAACAAGCUGUGCCAGAACAGAGGUAUUUUGGUAAAACUAAUGGAAUGGGAGCCAGGAAGAGAGGAAAUAAAUGCUUUCAGUUGGAGUAAUUCAUUGCAGAAUACCAAUAUCCCACAUUCAGCAUUUAUUUCUCCAAAGAUAAUCAAUGGGAAAGAUGUUGAGGAAGUAAGUUGUGUAGAAACACAGGACAAUCAUACCUCAGAAGGAGAGGCACGGAACUGCCAGGAAGCGUCUGUCAGACAGGACACUUCUGUUUCAGACAAACAGCGGCAAACCAUCAUCAUCGCCGACUCCCCAAGUCCUGCCGUGAGUGUGAUCACCAUUAGCAGUGACACCGAUGACGAAGAGACCUCACCCAGACAUUCACUCAGAGAGUGUAAAGGUAGUCUAGAUUGUGAAGCUUGCCAAAGCACUUUGAAUAUUGAUCGGAUGUGUUCACUCAGCAGUCCUGAUAGCACUCUGAGCACCAGCUCCUCUGGCCGGUCCAGCCCGUCCCCUUGCAAGAGACCGAACAGUAUGUCAGAUGAUGAACAAGAAAGUGGGUGUGAGACUGUGGAUGGCUCCCCAACAUCCAACUCCUCGGGGCAUGACAGUCCAUUCGCAGAGAGCAGCUUUGUGGAGGACACUCAUCCAAACACGGAGCUGGGGACUUGUGCUGGCCCAGAAGCCAAGCCAGCUGUUGGCACUGCUGUGGAGCCACCAGUGGGAAUAGAAAGUGGAUUGAGUGUCGAUGAGCACAUGGCAAGCACAGAUUCUACAUGCCAGCCAUUAAUAAAAGGACAGCCUGCCCCUGGAAAGCUGAACCAGCCUUCUGCCUCGGGUGCUCGUCAGCAGAAACCCACAUCAGCAUUCCAGCAGCAGCAUUUGAACUUCAGCCAGGUUCAGCAUUUUGGAACCGGGCAUCAAGAGUGGAAUGGAAACUUUGGGCAUCGAAGACAGCAAGCGUAUAUUCCUACCAGUGUUACCAGUAAUCCAUUCACUCUUUCUCACGGAAGUCCCAACCACACCGCAGUACAUGCCCAUCUGGCUGGAAAUACGCACCUCGGAGGACAGCCUACUCUCCUUCCAUACCCAUCAUCAGCUACCCUCAGUAGUGCUGCACCAGUGGCCCACCUCUUAGCCUCUCCGUGUACCUCAAGACCUAUGUUACAGCAUCCAACUUACAAUAUCUCCCAUCCCAGUGGCAUAGUUCACCAAGUCCCAGUGGGCAUAAAUCCCCGUCUGUUACCAUCCCCAACCAUUCAUCAGACUCAGUACAAACCAAUCUUCCCUCCACAUUCUUACAUUGCAGCAUCACCUGCGUAUACUGGAUUUCCAUUGAGUCCAACAAAACUCAGCCAGUAUCCAUAUAUGUGAAAACUCAAAACCAGUAUAUUGAGGAAGCUCAAUGAUAUAAACGUUUGAUUAAAAAUAAAAACAUGGUAUUUAAUAAA